AUGUCCUUAGAGAAUGAAAGCAAAUUAGAACCACUUACUGUUGAACACCAAGAGUCCAUUAACCUAUUAUCAUAUCAUUCGACUGGAUUCAUGAAAGACCUUCGCUUAGGAUGCAACGGUCACGGCCCGCUCCCUCGGCAGGCUGCGGACUAUAUAAGGGGAAAGGAACCGGAGACGAGCCAUCAGUUCCGAACACUCCAGCGAAGAAUAAACAUGAAGGCAGCAGUAGUUCUGUGUGUGGUGGCGGCGGCGUGGGCGGCUCCCCAGGGCGGCUACAACUACCAAGCGCCCGACGUGCAGCAGCCCGAGUACCCGUCGGCGCCCGCCCAGUACAACUUCCAGUGGGACGUGAACGACCAGUACUCCGGCAACUUCUACGGCCAACAGGAGCAGCGCGAUGGCGACAACACCCAGGGCAGUUACUACGUCCAGCUGCCUGACUCUCGCCGCAUGAGGGUCGACUACUACUCCGACGCCAGCGGCUUCCACCCCACAGUCACCUUCGAGGGCGAGGCUCAGUACCCAAGUGCCCCUGCCCAGGUGUACUCUCAGCCCUCCCCUGCCCAGGUGUACUCUCAGCCCGCCCCUGCUCCUACCCAGGUGUACUCCCAGCCUGCCUUUGCCCCUGCCCCCACACAGUUCUACUCUCAACCUGGAAAAUGAUUUUCUUCUUUGAGUGUCGGGAUCUGCCUCUCACUUCUGUCAUCGCUCAUCUCUCAUUCUUUGAUCUUCGAUGUCCACCGUUUAUGAUCUACAACCUGUUUUGUCUCCUUUUUAUGUAAUGUUUACAUGUUUCUCUAAAUCGAUAUAUUUUUAUAUAGAUUCCGAUAUAUUUUAUAAUAAAAUUGGCUAAAAUA